AUGUAUUGUUAUGGUGGCUAUGGUGGUUGUGGUGGUAUUGCUAUUGGUGGUGGUAUUGCUAUUGCUAUUGCUAUUGCUAUUGCUAUUGCUAUUGCUAUUGCUAUUGCUAUUGCUAUUGCUAUUGCUAUUGCUAUUGCUAUUGCUAUUGCUAUUGCUAUUGCUAUUGCUAUUGGCAUUGGUAUUGGCAUUGGCAUUGGUAUUAGUAUUGCUAUUGGUGGUUUAGAAUUUGGUUUUGGUUUUUUAAAAUUGGAUUGUUGUCAUUGUUGA